UUCUUCGUCAGCAGGGACCAANUUGCAUCAAACACUCCACAACACUCAUUCUCGGACAUGGAGCACAUGAAGCAAAUACAUGAAUCAGAAGAUGAACUCUUUCAACAGGAAAAGGACAUCUCUCCUGUGAAGAAGAGCUCCAGCUGGGACCGGAACAAGCUGAUGCGAACUCCUGAAGCCGAGCCUCGAGAGUUUGUGUACGUCUACAACUACAGAGAAAACAGAACACGACGGAUGAAGAAGCAAGAGCUUCUGGAGAAGCNNUUGCAUAUGCCUCAUUUAUAUGAUUGA